CAUACGCGAAUGUCCGCUGCCGAACUGGGUCGUAUUUUUCAAGUGGAGACACAUGACCAAGUUCCUGAUUAUGAAGUGGUUCACGUGCGUUCCAUCAGCAAAAGGGAAGCCGAUGAUUAUGAAAGUAAGCAUGUUUUCUUGAAAGCGCUGGGAAGAAAGCUGCAAUUGAAGUUGAAUAAAAACAAUCAUUUCGACGAAAAACUUCGAGCUAUGAAAUUCAUGGAAGCGAAGCAAACAAAAGAUGGUUUGGUAUACCGUGAAGUGGAACAGGAGGAACCUACCGAGAAGGAAAUCGGCUCACCAUACCAUGACGAAACAAAUAUGGCUGCUGUUCUAGUAAGAAAUGCAGAUAACGGAAAGAUAGAGAUAGACGGCACAAUUGGCGAAGACCUGGUCAUCAAACCACUGCCUUUAUCGCUCGAUAAUGACGAGUACGUCGAUGAUGAAAUGUUUUUAGACGAAGACGAAGAAACAGAAAUUCGUAGAAAUAGAACCCUGGGGUUUCUCCCUGGCAAAGGAAUUUAUUCCAAAAAUAUUGACGAACUUAAAGGACGCCAUAUUGUGUACAAACGCAAAAUGUUCGGAAUUGACGAGCAUUCCGACUAUCUGCCAAUAGAUUUUCCGGAGACUCUCAACAGUACGUCUGUUAACCAAAAGCGAGUCAAGAGACAAAUUCCCGAAGCUGUCUGGCCAGAAGUCUUAUUGGUCGUUGAUUAUGACACUUUUAAAGUUCAUGGUCAUAACAACAGGGAUAUCAAGAGAUAUUAUGUCAGCUUUUGGAAUGGGGUGGAUCUACGUUAUAAGAUCAUAUCCAACCCUAAAAUCCGUGUGAGUUUAGCAGGAAUGAUCGUUGGGAAGGAUAGAGAUGCCACGCCCUAUCUUGAAGAAAACAGACUGAAGUCUCCAAACAAUGAUGCAAUAGAUGCUGCAGGAGCUUUGACAGAUUUGGGGAAGUACUUAUAUCGAGAAGAUAGAUUACCAACAUACGAUGUGGCUGUCGUUAUCACAAAACUCGAUAUGUGUCGUCGACGGUUUGAAGGCGGACGAUGUAACAGAGGAACUGCAGGUAAGUUGAGUAGAUCACUGGCUUAUGACGUGGCUGUCGUUGUCACAAAACUCGAUAUGUGUCGUCGGCGGUUUGAAGGCGGACGAUGUAACAGAGGAACUGCAGGUAAGUUGAGUAGAUCACUGACUAAUGACGUGGCUGUCGUUGUCACAAAACUCGACAUGUGUCGUCGGUUUGAAGGCGGACGAUGUAACAGAGGAACUGCAGGUUUUGCUUAUGUUGGGGGAGCUUGUGUCGUGAACAAAAGACUGGAGAAAGUAAACAGUGUAGCUAUUAUCGAAGACAGUGGAGGAUUUAGUGGUAUCAUUGUGGCUGCUCACGAGGUUGGACAUUUGUUAGGCUGCGUGCAUGACGGGUCCCCACCCCCCAGCUACUUAGGGGGACCAGGAGCUACACGAUGUCCUUGGGAGGAUGGAUUCAUCAUGAGUGAUCUCCGCCAUACAGAGAGAGGAUUCCGAUGGUCGAGGUGCAGUCUAAGUCAGUUUAAACAUUUUCUUAGUGGAGAUACGGCUAGUUGUUUGUAUAAUUUUCCUCAUGAAAACGAAUUUUUACCCCGUGUUCUACCUGGGUCCCUGCUGUCUCUAGAUGAACAAUGUAAGCUGGACAGAGGGACUACCGCUUGUUUU